AUGGCUCCCAAAAAGAAGGCCUCUGCAAAGAAGAAGCCAAAGCAUGAGGAAACCUGGGUCGGGACCUACAACCCUGAACGAGAUGAACACCCCUGCUAUUUGGUGGAGCAGUACUUCGGGCCGGAAUCCAAUGACACCAUGGUCCAGGCUGUGAACCAUUGGCUCUCAAGCAAUGGGCAGUCGGAGGUGGUCGUGGACAACCACGUUUUCCCCUCCGAGAACAUCGCGGCCAACAUCCCCAUCCUGGCCCUCAGCUUGCCCAUCCCGGUGGACCAGGCACCGCCUUUGAUCACUUGGGGCAAGUUUGCACCGUCGAUUUGGAGUGCAUGGGAGAAUGAAAGGGAGCCCCUGGAAGUGAAGCCCCAAGCCUCAACGCAGCUGAAAGCCGGUGAGCGCCUCACCCGUGCUUCUGUAGGGGUGUGCCGCGGCUACAGUCGAAGCACGAUCAUAGCAUUUGCCAUUGCCCGCACCCUCAUGAUCGAAGACUUGGCAACAAUGCUGGAGAGUGAGAAGGAGGAGUUCACGAGGUGGGGAUUGUUGUUCUGA